AUUUGUCUCCACGGUGCGCACCACUAUCAGAUUUGCAGUACUUCCAUCGGCAGCCUACGAUAAAAACCAUCGAUUUCAAGUCCUCGUAGAGACGGGCGCUCCGAAAUCUACUGCCUAGAACUAGCCAGGCUCGGCUCGGUUUUGGGGUGGAAGUAUCAUUGUACAAUACGGCACAUGUCUCGUCAGCAACAGGAUGCAGAUGCCAACCUCCGGUUCAGACAAAGGUCAAACACGACAACCUUCACCCCGUUUGCGUGGCGGCGCAAAGCCGACACCAUAUCUACUACCGUCCCACCUCAGACACAGACGUUGACAUUCGAUGCCCUCAUUGAGGCGCUGACUCCUCCUGCAGUUCCAAGUCUCACACAUGCACGCUCUUUGGCUACUCUAAUAGCAUCACAAUCACCGCUGCCUCGACCAUCCGUGCUGAACCCAGUGUGGGCUGCACUCUGCGGUCACGAUUCGCCUUCUUCGCUGCAAGCAGCAGGGUAUGAAAUCAUGGCAACGUUCUGGGAGAGAUUUGAUGGCCAUCUGGGUACAGCAGAUAUCCUUCAGUAUUUUUCGCUAUUCUUGCAUACCGUCUGGGCUCCCGAUGUAGGGGAACCUCGACUACGGGCUCUACGGGCUCUCACAAGAGGGGGAACCGAAGUCAUUGGUAUCGAAAUCCCAUUAAUUAGCCUGCUCAGGACAUGGACAGAAGGCGCCUUUGAUGCUUACAUGUUGGGUGAUGCCCCAGAUUCUACUGACCGUGCAGAACGAGAACGACACGUUGAGCUUUUGGCUACAUUCCUAUCUUCUGUACUGGAGCAACCGGAAUCCGCGGCUCGUGUAUCUGAAGGUGACCUUGCCAGUGUCCUUCAGUUCUAUGCUGGUCUUCUUGGUCGGGCGUUGACAGUACCUCCUCUGAGUUCUGCUGCUGAUCCCGUACCCUCACCGCCUCUCACCGCUCACACCGAUCAACUUGUCGGCGUAAAAACGACUGUUGGGGCUCACAGACGUCAUCCAUCAUCCAUAUCAAUCCGUUCCAUCUCAUUCCCAAAUUUGCCUUCUCGAAAACACCCAGCAGAGUUAAUGGUCAUUAUCUAUCUAGACCACCUCAGUUCGCAGCUCAAAGCUCUCGCGCCAAAAUUUUUGACGCUCAUUCUUCCUGUCCUCCUACGCGCCCAGGCCUUCUUCGCUUCCCCUUUACCCCGUGUAUCCAUAAUGGCAGGUCGCACUCAUAUGCCAGCUAACUUAGAGGACAGAAUUCAAAAAUCUUUGAACGUAUUGUUUUCCGGGCCAUACGGUAGUUCGUGCAUGGCAAUACUCAAACGACAUCUUCUUCCUCCUACCGAUGUUGGGAAGGACCUUCAUAUCGCUCCAAUUAUCGCUCUUGGUGCGCACAGAACAUUGAGAAACAUUAUUCGCCAAGGACUAUGCACAAAAAUGGCUCGCGCAUACAUCUGCAGAUUGACGUCCGUCUCAUACCCCACUACAGGCGCUCCCGGACACAAGGAUCUUGAGAAAGAUCUUAUGGAGCGGGCAUGGUCGAAGGAUGAUAUAUCUGGAUGGGAUCAUACGAGGCUCGGAAGAUUGCUCGGCAAGUCGGUUGAAGCUUGGGUCAACUUUAUGCCAGCAGAUAACAGGGAGGAUUAUGACAUGGAGAAGGACAAAAUAAUGGACGAAGCAGCAUGCACUAUGAGGGAUAUCUUUCAGGAGUUUGACGAGAGGGAGGAUGGUGUUGAUAUGGACGAUGAAGAGGCGUGCGUUGCAGGAACAAUUCUUCGCCAGCUUGCCAAUUUUGUUCGUCCGAUCAGGACCACGGAUGGGGCGCCCCUGAUCCUACCGCUAGACCAGCCUGCUGAGGCCCCCACGCCAUUCUUACGCACGCUUUCAUCCUUGUUAGCCCGAGACCAUUCAACAUACAUGAUUCCGCUGCUAUCCACCACGCUCUUCUUUAUUGCGGACCAUCUUACCGAUGCAGACACUGCCAAACUCCCAAGUAUGAUGUUUGAACAACAUGAUUUGUCGCCUGCAUCACCGGAUUGGUUGAAGAGCUGGCAGGACAUUCUUUCAAAUCCCACUCUAUUUGCUCCUACCCGAGCGCUAACGCGGUUGGAAAUCAUGAAGGCAUUACGAUCUGUCUACGACUCUCUCAAGGAUAUGCAUAGCUACAGGAAGUCACUGGCAGACCUAGUCUUCGAUUUUUGUCGGAUGCAGGCAGACAACCCGCAGGAAGACCUGACAUUCGACAGCAGCGUGGCAUGGAGGAUAUUGGGCGAUGAAGUAGUCCUUCGUGCAGUAGAGGCGCAUACUUCAUCAACAUCGGUGGCCCCAUCUUCAGAGCUCGAGGCCCCGACUCGCUUCGUCCCUGUACGGGAGUUGAUAGACCUUUUGACAGCUGUUGCUGUCGAAAGAGGAGUCCAAGAGGAUGACGAUGACACUGGGUGUGCCAACGCUGGCACGCCAGCGUCACCUGCAUUUCCCUCCAGCAGUGCUUCUGCUGUUGUAACACCUAUGCUCUCACGAAAGCAGUCAGAGCACCGCGGCGGAAAUGUGAGAGACAGAGAUUCGAAUAUGCCCUCUGUCAUGUCAAUUCUGUCAUCCCUUGCGGGUUCUCGCUCUCAGUCUCAACACUCUCAAGAACACGAGAGUCCCCGCCCUCCAUUGGUCGCUUCCCCUGCAUCGGAGCCAAUAUUGCCUCGUGCAGCCGUAGCAGUGGUGUCGUUGGUUUCGAUAUUCAGCCAACUCGCAUUCACUCCUCACGCACUACUCCAGCGUAACGUCAUUUUAGCAGGCCAAGUAUUCGAUACUUUGGUGAAGCUCAUCAGCCAAGCAAAAUCCCCCCGCACUCGUCACACUGUUCUCCAGUUUACCAUGCGAAUCCGUGCUGAUAGGGACCACCGCCUCUACUUCGUUGACGCCCAUCAUGAUCCGGAUGGCAAUAUCAUGACCUUGGCAUCGCUGAUUGGCCGGAUACAAGGGCCAUCAUUUUUUGGACAGGUGCAGCAGUCAGAAGAUGAGAGGACUAGCUCCAGUGACCUGAACAACGAUGACUCUCAUGUGCGCAAACCGCAGCCUCGAGGUCCUCAAGAGCGUGAUGGGAGACGAGCAUCUCGUGGGAGGGGAAUCAGGCCAAAUCAGUCGGCAGGCAGCCGCAGUCAGUCGAGAGCAUCAUUACCAACGCCAUCGCCCAGUACAAAUCAGGUAAAACCGUUGGAGACCCUCUGGCAAUUUCCCGAAUCUCUCCCGCUCACUUCGAUAGACCAAGACAAUCCAAGCGAGGGCAUCUUUUCAUAUGAUCCAGUAUCCGAAUCUAUUGGUGUCCUACGCAUCGACUCUUAUUUGUCUGCCAUUUUCGACGUGCUAGAGAAAGAAAGAAAUUGGGAAAUUCUUUCCUACGUACUCUGUCAUCUUCCCGUCCAACUCGCAAACAAGCACCUGUUUUGCGGCCCCAAGUGUCGUGAGAUGAUUGCGAGGUUGCUGACGUCGCUCUGUUCUGAGCUGGCAAGCGGCGGAUUAGCAUCCAGUAUUGAUCGCUGGCCUCUCGGUCUCAAACCUCGCGACGCUCAUGGGCUAGCAUUUCACACACUCACCGUCCUCAUCAGCUACUCGCGGCGUUUUGACUUGCCGUUGCGACACGCUAUUGUUGAUGUGCUUCGAGAAGGGCUGGAUAGUCAGCCCACGACCAUCAUCUGCUGUCUGCAGGCUUUGACGCUAUGUGCCUUCGAGCUUCUGUCUUCGCUCAAGAGGUCCCUACCAUCAAUCUUGGAGAAGCUGUCGCAGAUCAUGUCCAACCCAGACAUGGCUGUCCACAUCCUCAGUUUCCUCUCCAUUGUCGGCUCCAUCCCGGCGCUACAUGCUAAUUUGCGAGAAGAAGAUUUCAAAAUGGUGUUUGGGGUUGCGCUGCAAUACCUUCAGCAUCACAAUCGUCCUUGUGCAACGCCCGCGAUGUCGUGGGCAAUGUCUCAGUAUGUUCGGAUGAUUUCAUUCUCCGUGGUAUACGUUUGGUUCUUGGCGGUCAAGCUUCCGCAUCGUCCUCGACAUAUUUCAUAUAUCACUCGCCAGUUGCUACUAGCAAACGAAGGAAAGGAUGGCAUUGACGAACCCACCGAGGUAUGCUUCGACUGGCUGGCGCGAUAUGCAUACGCCAGCGCCGAUCCACGACCCGCUCGUUCGACGCUGAGUGAGAUUGUAAUGAAUCCAAACAAUCUGGCAUCCCCGGAACCUGCUGUCAGUGAAAAGACAUGGCUUUCGGGUAACUCUGUCGUCACCAUCCGCUCUUUGGCUCGCCUCGGUUGGAUUGAAGUCCUAUCUCGUCGCCCUUCUGGGUUGACUAGGUUCCUCUGCAAGCUAGAAAAUAUACCCUUAGUUGGGCCUGGUGAUGUCGAUCCCGAUAUGGUUUCCGUGGCUGCGGGCAUGAUGAUGGAGCGCGAUGUUCCGCGCCCUGAACGCCCCGACGCGGAUGUCGAUCAAUCGCUGGAAACGAAUCCUCGCAGUGACACGAGCAAAACCAUUGUCGUAAGGGAUGAUGGUGGAACUGUACCACCAGCACCAGAUCCAAUCACUGGCUAUGUGUGGAGUCAUACUGCUCCCUCUCAACGUCGAAAAUACGUUGCCGUCGAUCCCGCUUUCUUCGCACUUCAGCUUUCCCCUUACCCUGAUAGGAACCAAUCCGCUAGCCAGCGGAUGGUCGAUGCAGCAUUACUUCCGGCUCUCUUCCGGUCGUUGGAUCAGAUUCCCGUGAUUGAUACCCAUAAAGUGGGUAUCAUGUACGUUGCACCUGGCCAGACACAUGAGCUUGAUAUUUUACGGAACGCCCAUGGGUCACCUGCGUAUACAAGGUUCCUCGAGGGCAUUGGCAGACUCAUCAAUCUUCGAGGUCAAGUUGACGUUUAUGCGGGUGGCCUGAGCUCGGACGAAGAUGGCGAAUACGCCUAUGCAUGGUGGGAUGAUAUAGGUCAAGUCCUUUACCACACCGCUACGAUGAUGCCAUCCAAACCUCACGACAAGUAUUGCGUCGACAAAAAACGUCAUAUUGGAAAUGACUAUGUCCGAAUCGUGUGGAAUGACUCCGGAAUUCCCUAUCAGUUUGACACGCUUGCCACUCAGUUCCAAUUCGUGAACAUCAUCAUCGAACCCCAUUCCCUUGGCGCAAUUGCUGCCUUUUCCAAUAACAUCCACGAAAACGAGUAUUUCAAGGUCACUAUCCAACGUGCCUCUGGCAUGAGUGACUUUACGCCUGUUGGUGACUUCAAGCUCAUAUCGGCAGAACAGCUCCCUUUGCUGGUUAGGCAACUCAGCUUACUGGCGGAUUGUUUUGCGUCUGUGUUUGAACGCACAGAGCGAGACACCAAAGAAGUCGAGGUCAUCACCAACUGGCGUGCUCGACUCCAAAAGAUCACGACGUUCAAGAGGGAGAAAAUGCCACCCCCGCAGACUGGGGGUGAAAUCGAAGGAGUAAUUGGGCAGGAGGCUUAUCGCAACUUCACAGCUACAUUCUAGCUUGGAUUAUAUUUCUGAUUCUACGUCGGCGGAUAUUAUGCAUUGGAUAUCAUCUCUUUCCUACAAUCUACCCAUUGUUCAAGUUGAUCGUUAAUUUCCGUACAUGCCAGGGUCUGUUACUUGUUGUAUUGUUUACCACUGCUCAUACAUGAUUUGCGUACUGUAAUUUUUGAAGUUCGUUCAUUCACACCUCCACCGGUCGAUUAAGUAAUAAGGUCUAGAGUCCCCUACUUCAAAC